GGAGUGUGUGUGUUGUAGAAUAGGUCAUACAUGGCAGCCCAAGAAAUGUGACCUAUCAGUGGCAGUGCAGCUGUCGAGGUCCAGACUGAGGAGUUGGGGGGUGAAGCAGAGAAGGAGACAGAUAACAUGAGCUGAUUUAAGUACUUGGAGGCCUAAAAAGGUUAAAAGUGUAGUUUUUUAAGAAGCACUCAGGGGUUGCUAGUGAAGACACACUAGUCCAGAAGGCCUGAGCACUUUGACAUUUAGGAAAAAGGAUCUGUGUGUGUGCCUCGGCAGUCUUCAGCGGGGCUUGGAGCUGUUGAAAGGGACCAUGGCGGUGGCUGCUAAUGCUACAUGAUCUCAGCUGGACUUACACCUACAGCCGAGCUCGCUAAAGGACACGCACAGACACUGGCUUUAGCAAAUGAUUUGAGAUGAAAUAUUUUGCUCCAUGGAUCUUGUUACCUUAACUUGGACUUUGUGGGGAUGUCCAAAGGGAUUCCUUUCGGCUUUAGUGGCAAAAGUGAAUCCCCGGUGCAACAGCCCAGGUCCAACAUCCUCUGUAGUCCCUGUGAGCCUCAAGAUCUCUGAACCAAUGGAGUCUCUCAGAAGAGGCAUCCAGUAAAUGCAGCACACCUUAAUACCCCAAUCAGUUACCAGAUAAGAAGUGCAGUUUGUGAAGAAGUCUGGAAGAAAUCAAGAUGGCAGAAGGCUCCAGGUCGAGUCCCCGUCUCAACAUCCCACCCAAAAGGGCCAAAAUCCCCAGUGACCAGAUUGUUUCAGACAAUGUGGAUAAAACGCAAGAACCCACAGCGCCAGUUUUCAUCCGUAAACUCCGUAAAGCAGCUGUAGGAACAGGGUGUGAUAUCCGACUGAGGGUGUCGGUGUCUGGGUAUCCCAAACCUUCCCUGGCCUGGUACCACAACGACGAGCUCCUUCCUCCAUCAGAGGGCCAGGACUCGGGGGGGCUGUGGAUACGGGACUGUCGAACCAGCGAUGCUGGCUUGUAUACCUGCGUGGCGACCAAUGAGCUGGGAGAGGCAGACUGCAGCGCUGUCCUGGCGGUUAUGGACCUCGGUGAAGAGAACUGGGCAUUCCACGCGGACAUUUGGCAGAUUUACCCAUGCGAAGUUUUCCGCUCCUGCCGAAAGCAAAGCUAUGACUCUGAGACCACAGAGGAUGAGACCACAGAACCUCAGAUGGAAACCAAAGAGGGCCCCGGGAGGCACCAAGACAAGGCUGGUCGCAGAGGACCUUCAGGUGAGGGAGGCAGGAUGAUGGACUAUAACCCGGAUGCUUCGGAUCGCAGGGCGACUCUGCCUGGUUCCUAUGACCCUGUUGUGGAGCGGGAGCUCCGGGCUCUGGGCUCUCGCCCUCCAGGGUCCCAUCUGGACCCCUCAAACCCAGCCAGGACUCAAACUGCUGAUGAAUCACAGCGGUUCUCCUCCCUGUCUUCCCCCCAACCACCUCUCAGCACACACAGAAACAGCAUCAGCAGCCAGAAACAAGAACCGGAUAAAACCAAACCUUCAGACCCCAAAGCUUCUAAAACAGACCAAACAUCUAACAGUGUUGUCAUGACGCCCAAACUGGCGCGAGCAGGACCCAAGAUCUUCGACAAGGUCCGGGCUUUUGAGGAGCGAAGGUCCAGUGUGGAUCUGCCAGGAAGGGCAACUUCCUUUGACUCGGACGACAGUGGAAAGAAGACCGGAGGCCCCAGCAAAGAGGAAAUCCUGCAGGGGGCAGCGCAGAAGAGAGCAGCAUUCAAGCAACGGGCCUCAUCGUUGGAAGACAAGACGAGCUACUCGCAGCGGGUCCAGAGCUACCAGAGCAAGUUUGCAGAAGAGUUGCAGAGGAUCAAGAAGCUUGUGGGCAAACCAAGCUUGAAGAAGUCGUAUUCCACUGAGCAGCUGUCGCAGAAAGACCGGUUUAACACCGGGAAGCUGGAGCCCAUUCCUCCCCAAGUGGUCAAAAAGCUGGAGGCCAGAGAGCGAGCCCUGGAGGAGAGAAGAGACGUGGACAGAACUCUGCAGAUUCAUCCUCAGGCCCAAGGCAAAGAUCUGCAGAAUCAGAGCAACAACCCUGAAAAGGAAAAGAUGACACAUCCAGAUCCACAGGGGAAACCGGCAGAUAGCUCAUCGCAAGGAAGCACUGGGAGAAUCUCUGUUACCAUGGAAACGGCACCAGUUCACCAGUUACCAGGGCAACCGUUGCCAACAGCCACAAGGACAAGCUCCAUCAGGGAAACCUUACAAAGCUCUCAGGCGGCUGACAAAGACACACUUGAUGCCACAUCCCACGGCUAUUCAUCCUCCUCCAGAGACACCAAGAUGGGCAAUAGAGCAGAGGGCAGAUCUCCCAGCCCAUCAGGGAAGAGAGCCUCCCCAGUACUUGUGAGGGAACCAGGGUCCCAGUAUCCACCCAAACCGCCCCGGCUCACCCCGUCACCCACUCCCUCCAUCAGCCCUCUCCAGAAGAGGAGGAAGGCGGAGGCCGGGAGGACAUCUCCGGCCUUGAAGAUGAACAUCCCCACUAUCCUGGUAGAGGAUGAGCCCAUGGAGACGGAAAGUGUUGCAGACAAGAGCAAGACCAGGAGGAGGGAGGGUCGAGUUCGCAAGAGCAAGAAAGGCCGUUCUGCUGAGCCCAGGUCUCCAGAAGAAGGGGCUUCGUCUGAUGACUCCUACCUGUCUGCUGGUGAGGAGCCACCCGAGGGUCCGAGCUUUGAGAAGCCUCUUCAGGACACCACGGCUCCCAGUGCCUCGGAGGUCACGCUGAAAUGUAUCGUCACUGGCAGCCCAUCGCCCACAGUGACGUGGAGGAAGAAUAACGUGGAGAUUCGCAGCGAUGCCUUCCAUGUCGUUAAAGCUGAGGGCGAGCGGCACAGUCUGCUGAUAAAGGAGAUGAGGCCGAGCAACGCCGGGUCGUACUGCGUCACAGCUGCAAACGCGGCGGGCCGAGCGUCCUGCAGCGCCAUGCUCUACAUCCAGUCAGAGCCAACCCAAAGUGGGAAAGCAGCUGCUUCCCUGGACGCCAGCAGUCCGAUCCAGUCCGAUGAGGAGUAUCUGAGCCCUCAGGAGGAGGCCAUGGAGGUCUCACCUGCUCCUAGCAAAAGGGUCCAUUUCAAAGAGCCUCCCUCAUUUCAGGUGGCACCGUGUGACCAGGGAGUCUCUGAGGGUCAAGAUGUUGUUCUGACGGCCAGAAUCAGAGGGCAGCCCAAACCCAUGGUUUACUGGUUGAAGGACAAAGUCGCCGUGAAGACAGCAGGGCGCUUCGCUGUGCGAGACAUCGAAGAUGACACCAGUGAAAUGAGAAUCAGCUCAGCUCAGAGGUCAGAUUCAGGCCUUUAUGUCUGCAAGAUCGUCAGCGAGUACGGAGCCCAGCAGGCUGAUUGCCGAGUGGAGGUCAGAGCAGCUGGAGGACAGACGGCGCUGAGAAUCACCAGGGAGGUGAAAGACGUGGCGGUGAGGGCUGGAGAGUCGGCCAUGUUUGAGUGUCACGCUACAGGACCUACAGACGUGGAUGUGGACUGGUUGUCCAAUGGGAAGCUGAUCCAGCCGGCGCUGCUCAACUGCAAGAUGCACUUUGACGGGAAGAGGUGCCGUCUCAUGCUGAAUUCGGUACAUGAGGAUGACAGUGGGACGUACACCUGCAAGCUGAGCACUGCUAAAGAGGAGUUGACCUCAAGUGCAAACCUGAAAGUCGCUCCGUCCAAAGAGCCUCUGUUCACCCGUAAGCUGGACGUCCUGGAGGUCAUCGAAGGCCGCACUGCACGUUUUGACUGCAAGGUGAGCGGAUCACCUGCUCCUCGAGUCACGUGGAUGCAUUUUGAGACACAAGUGGAGGAGAGUGAUAAUGUUCGCAUCCUUCAGGAGGGGGGUCGUCACUCACUUGUCAUCACCCACGUUAGCAGCGACACUGAAGGCUUUUACACAGCAGUAGCUCAAAACGUUCAUGGAAAGUCUGAAUGCACUGCUGAGCUCUACAUGCAGGAACCCAGAGCUGCCAUUGCCUCGCACAUGGCCAAGCUGGAAAAGAUGCCAUCCAUCCCCGAAGAGCCUGAAAUGCUGGAGAAUGAAGUGGAGAAGAGGACCAUGCCGGACUUUGUCAAACCUCUGGCUGAUGUGGAAGUAAUUGAAGGGAAGGAGGUGGUGCUGAAGUGUAAGGUGUCGGGUCUGCCUUACCCAACCAUCGCCUGGUACCACAACGGCAAACGCAUCGAGAGCAGCGAAGAGCGCAAAAUGACCCAGUACAGGGAUGUCCACAAUCUGGUGAUCCGGAGCGCUUGUCACGCUCACGGCGGCGUCUACAAGGCUGUCAUCUCCAACAAAGUGGGCAAAGCAGCCUGCUACGCUCAUCUAUACGUUACAGAUAUUGUUCCGGACCCUCCUGAUGGUCCUCCAUUGAUUGAGGCCAUUACAGGAAAAACUAUAACCCUGAGCUGGAAGAGACCAAAGAGGAUCGACCCUUCAUUUGAUAGCAGCUCUUUGCUGUAUGUGGUCCAGCAGCAGCCUCUAGGCUCUAUCCAGUGGUCUGUUGUGGCAUCCAGCCUCAGGGAGACAAACUACACCGUCCCCUCGCUGUCCAAAGGAGUCCGCUAUGCUUUCAGGGUCCUCACAUCCACUGGAAAGACUCUGAGUAAACCGUCACCCUCUACUGACCUGGUCCACCUUCUGGACAGAGGACCGUAUUUGAGGAAAGCACCAGUCAUUCUGGAGAAACCAGACAUUGUGUAUGUGGUUGAGAGCCAACCUGCAAGCAUCACCAUCACACUGAACCAUGUGCAUGCAGUCGUCACCUGGAAAAGGAGGGGCGUGGCCCUGGUCAACAGACCGGGGAUGUUUGAGAUGAGCAUGCCAGACGACGACCAACACACCCUGAAACUGCAGCGAGUCAAGAGCACCGACAUCGGUCAGCUGGUGGUGACGGCCAGCAACCAGUUUGGCAGCGACCUCUGCACGCUUCAGCUGGCCAUGGCAGUGGCUCCUAAAUUUGAAAGCAUCAUGGAGGAUGUGGAUGUGCAUGUUGGGGAGACAUCCCGUCUGGCUGUUGUUGUUGAAGGAAAACCAGAUCCAGAUAUUCUGUGGUAUAAGGAUGACGAGCUUCUCUCCGAGAGCAGCCACUUCACGUUUGUGUACGACGACCCAGAAUAUUCCCUCGUUGUCCUGAACGCUCAUCCCGAUCACUCUGGUGUUUACACCUGCACUGCAAAGAACCUGGCCGGCUCCAACUCCUGCAAGGCCGAGCUCACAGUUCACACAGAGCGAAAGGAGGCAGCGGAGCCAAUGGAGGACGAGGGAACCAUUCUGAGGAAGAUGAGGCGUUUGACGGAUUACUAUGAUAUCCACAAAGAGAUAGGGAGAGGGGCCUACUCCUAUGUGAAAAGAGUGACGCACAAGAAGGGGAAGGCCGAGUUUGCAGCCAAAUUCAUUUCUGCUCGACGAAAGAGGAAGGCUUUGGCCCUCAGAGAGAUGGAUCUGCUGUCUGAGCUGGACAACGAGAGGAUUCUCUAUUUUCACGAUGCUUUCGAGAAGAAGAACAUGGUGGUGCUCAUCACCGAGUUAUGUCACGAGGAGCUGCUGGAGAGAAUGGCCAAGAAAACAGCAGUCAUGGAACUGGAGAUCCGCAGCAGUGUUCAGCAGGUUCUGGAGGGUCUUCGUUAUCUGCACCAAAAAAGCAUCGCUCACCUCGAUAUAAAGCCAGAAAACAUUUUAAUGUCCGGCCCAGGGAGUGACCACAUCCGUAUUUGUGACUUUGGAAACGCCAUAAAACUGGAGACUUCAGAGGAGCACUACAGCAAGUACGGCACGCCGGAAUAUGUUGCACCAGAGAUUGUUAACCAAACUCCUGUUACCACGGCAACAGACAUAUGGCCCGUUGGUGUCAUCACUUAUCUCUGCCUGACUGGUGUGUCUCCUUUUGCUGGUGAGAAUGACCGAGCCACCGCUUUGAACAUCCGCAAUUACAACGUGGCGUUUGAGGAGAGCAUGUUUUCUGACCUCUGCAAAGAAGCAAGGGGAUUCGUCAUCAAGCUUCUGGUGGUGGACAGACUGAGGCCCAGUGCCAUUGAAUGUCUUCGGCAUCCUUGGUUCAAGUCACCAACAAAUAAAAGCAUCAGUACAGCUAUGCUGAAGCAGGUUUUGUCUAGAAGACGAUGGCAGCGUUCCCUUAUCAACUACAAAUCGAAGAUGGUGAUGCGAUCCAUCCCAGAGCUCCUGAAUGACUCAUGCAGCCACGUCUCCAUCGCUGUGGCCCGGCAUUUAAAAGAAGGCUCCCCUCCAGCCUCCUCCUCCUCUGAUUCAGAUGCAGAUGUGGAUGAGCUUCCCUUCAUUCCUAUGCCGCUGUCCAUGGUCUUCUCAGGGUCCAGGGUCUCCCUUAAUGAGAUCCCAGGGGAUGAAGAUGUCAGUGGAUUGCCCAGUGUGUGUGCUGAUGGGACGAGGAAACUGAACAACAUGGAUGUAAUAGGUACUAGAGGAGGGGCUGGCAAAAGGCUAACGGAUGAAGAAAGAUCCCUAGAUGAGGAGAAAAUGGACAAAACAAAACGAGCGCCGCUUAAAAAAGGCUCAAGUGUGGAGUCGGAUGAAUCGCAGACUAAAUCCAGGCGGGCAACCAUGAGGAGAGGCAGCUCUGCUGACUCAGCGCUGCUUCUCCACAUUGACCCAGAAGAGGGAAAUGCAGAUGAGGAUUCAGAAGCAAGUAACAAGAGCCUGAAAAAGGCUGUUUCCAUGGAACUACCCAAUCGCAGCCCGAGCCCCGGGGCUGCAAAGUUAAGCCAGGAGGAUUAUGCCCUAAAACUGGAACUGAUGAGACAGCGGCUGCUCAGGGGAGGAAACGUGGAUAAAAAGAUGAGUGGCUUACGAGGACCUCUGUUUGAAACUCUCGGCAUGGAAGAUGAGAGGCAGACGGGGUCUCUGGAUCGGAAUCUAAGGAGAUCCAGAGCAGGACCUUCAACACUCACAAGAGCGGCAUCUUCUGACAAUACUGUAGACGACACGCCAAAGACCAAAGUUUUCCGUAAAAGCGCCUCCUUCACUCAGGGGGAUUCAGAGCCCAUGCCCCUGCACCGUCGGUUUGGAGCCCCCUUAGAGAUCCCCUCUAUGGGCAAUGGUAACGUAGAAAGUAAGAAGCUCCAAGAGGCAACGUCAAUGUCUGCGCUAACAGAACAAACAACACUGGGGUCUUCAGAGAGGACGUCCUUUGUUCUCCCAGCAUCAGGAAGAUCAGAGCAGCAGCAAAAGCAGAACAAUGUGAAAGAACAUGAGGACGUAACAGAGAAAAGGACCAAACUCCAACUAGAAAAGGCAGAUAAAGUAGAAUCUGAGUCUCAGUCCCCCUCAGUUAUUACUCCAAUAAUUGUAAUAGAAGAGGAAGAUGAUGAAGAAGAGAGGAGCGACGAUCAGGUGUUGCAUAUUAAUGAAAAGGAAACAAAAGGCAAUGAGAAAACCCUACAGAAUAGGAAACCAUCACCCGACAAGGCCCAAUCCAAAGAUCAGAAAGUGAAGACAACAGAUGCAUCUACGUUACCUGAACAUCCAGCAGUGUUUGCCAAAGUAGCACCUGCUGAUCGAUCUCCUGCCUCCGUUUCCUCCACAUCCAACCCUGACCUGGCCAUCCCUCGCCAGCCGCUGCUCAGAACAGACAUCAAAGACAUCGACUCAGAGGAGGUGUUUGAAGCCAGGUUUAAGAAACGGGAGUCCUCUUUGACCCGCGGCCUCCGAAAACUGACCCGAAACAAAUCAGAGGAAAAAUCCCCGGUAUUGAGCCGGAAGGUGGCCGAUGGAAGCGAAGAGGUUUAUAGGCCUGGGCCGAGAGGGGCCCCUCUGGAAAUAGUAUCCAAAGGAUUGCAGGAGAAAUCCAAGUCCGUUCAAGAUCUAAGAAGUGAAGAUCAGGAAACAGGCCUUGGUCUGAUUGGGAGGUUGUCGCUGAGGGCAAAGAGGUCAACAUCCACUGAGAAGAAAGGUGAGAAGCCAAAAGAGGAAAAGCAACAGAAUGCACAGGAAAGUGCAACCAGCAAGAGGGUUUCCUGGGCCAUCGGUCGCAGUAAGUCUCUGGAUACGAAGGAGCUGAACAGUGCACAGAGGCAGCUGGAUGACAGGGAGCAAAGAAAGGCUGACGAGUCAUCGGUUUCUGCUAUGAGGCGCAAGUUUGAGUCCAAAGUGGCAGGAAUCUCUGCGAAAAUAAGAACUCAGUCAGAGGAGAGAAAGGAUAAAGACUCUGUGGAGAGUCAGAAGGGUUUAAAUAAGGUCACAGACUCACCCGUCGUGGCAUUGCGAAAUAAGUUUGAGAACAAAGUGGCAGGAAUCUCUACGAAACUCCGCAGUCAGUCUGAGGAGAGAAUAGGAGAUGGAGAGGGAAAGACCACGCCGCUGUUAACCCGCCACCGUCAUUCCCAGUCUGAGGGCCGUGGACUCAAAGGAAUGGGAAUCCCCGAGAACCAGCUGGCAAAACAGACCUGCAGUGCUGCGUCCAAGGAAUCCGUUGAGUCCACAUCAAGCAUCCAGUCUGAAAAGGCCUCAGAGAGCGACAGGAGGUCGCGAUGGGACAGGUGGGGUCUGACAAGGAGCAAGAAAGACAAAACUCCUUCCCAGUCCGAUCUGCCCUCGGCCAUCCCCAAAGAGGAAGGUCUGACUAAAGGCCAACAGUUCAUCCGCUCGGCUUCAGACUUUGCUCCAGUGUUCCACAUCAAACUGAAAGACCACGUCUUAUUAGAGGGCGAACCGGUCACUCUCAGCUGCCUUCCAGCUGGAAGUCCACAUCCUGAGAUCACAUGGAUGAAAGAUCGUAAACCGCUGGAGGUGGACGACAGGAUGAGCCUGGUCUCCCACCCAGACGGCAGGCAGCUCCUUAUGAUCAUGAAGUCCAGCCACAGGGACGCUGGAGUUUAUGAAUGUGUGGCCACCAACCCCAUAGCUGCCAUCACCACCUCCUGUACACUCUCCAUCGCCUGUAUCCCGAAACGACCAGGAACCCCUGAAGUUCCUCAGACUUACAACAACACAGCUCUGGUGCUGUGGAAGCCUGCAGACACUAAAUCCCCUUGCAGCUACACUCUGGAAAGAAAAACAGAAGGUGAUUCCAGCUGGUUAACUGUGGUCACCGGAGUGGCCGACUGCUACUACAAUGUCACUGACCUGCCAGCAGGGGGCGCCUUCAGGUUCAGAGUCUGUUGUGUUAACAAGGCUGGUCAGGGACCCUACAGCAACACGUCUGCUACAGUCAGCCUGGACUCUACAGAUGUUGGAGCUUCGUCUGCCGUCGCCGUCGUAAAGACGGUCCCGCCUGUACCAGUAGUGACCUCCUCAGUGAUCGUCCCUCCACUCAAACCCGUCCAGAACAACGCUCCCAAGACCACCGUCUCCAUGAUCACCUCCACCUCCUCUCCCCCAAAGGAUGCUGCAGUCUCUCCAUCCUCUCCACCUUCAAAACCUCCAUCUGAAGGCACAGCAACAACCGAGGACGCUCCGAAAAUCAGCUCCACUCUUCCUUCUUCACCCACAAUCAAAGCCCCUCCACCCUUUGUCCUCCCCAAACCCCAGAGUCCGGUGAAUGUGGUGACCCCCAUGACCCAGACCCCACCUGUUUCACCUCCACCUGUUCUUGUAACCCCGCCUUCAACUCCCACCAAGCCUGUCGUGGCGUCGGUGCCCUCGUACAUCCCCACAUCCACCGCCACGGCUCGGGUAGCCCCCUCUCCAGUGUCCUUCUCCCCCCCAGUCCUGCAGACCUCCAGCCUCAGCCCCAUCGGUGAAGGAGCCUCUACGCCCAGCAGAGGAACCCCGUCAGGACGAGCUACACCCUCCACAGGUAGUCUGCGACAGGGAGUACCUCAGAAACCGUACACGUUCCUGGAUGAGAAGGGCAGGGGUCGGUUUGGAGUCGUCCGAGAAUGCCGAGAAAACGCGACGGGUAAAAUCUACAUGGCAAAGAUCGUCCCCUACAGUCAGGAGAACAAGCAGGAGAUCCUGAAGGAGUAUGAGAUCCUCAAGUCCCUCCACAAUGAGAGAGUCAUGGCUCUGCACGAAGCCUACGUCACGCCGAGAUACCUGGUGCUGGUGGCCGAAUACUGCACCGGCAAAGAGCUGCUGUACAGCCUCAUAGACAGGUUCCGUUACUCCGAGGACGACGUGGCCGGCUACCUGGUCCAGAUCCUGCAGGGAGUCGAGUACCUCCACAGCCGCCGUGUCCUCCACCUGGACCUCAAGCCCGACAACAUCGUGGUGACGAACCUCAAUGCCGUCAAGAUCGUGGACUUCGGCAGCGCUCAGAGCUUCAACCCCCUGAACCUGAAACAGCAGGAGUCAGGAGCAGGAACGUUGGAGUACAUGGCUCCUGAGAUGGUGAAAGGUGAAGUGGUUGGUCCUCCUGCAGACAUCUGGACUGUCGGAGUUGUCACUUACAUCAUGCUCAGUGGCCGGUUACCCUUUGAAGAUAAAGACCCUCAACUUGUAGAAUCUAAAAUCUUGAUGGCCAAGUUUGAACCAACAAAACUGUACUCAAACGUGUCCCAAAGUGCCUCUGCCUUUCUCAAGAAGAUGCUGAGCAGUUAUCCAUGGGCCCGUCCGACUACGCGGGACUGCUUCACCCAGGCCUGGCUGCAGGACUCCUACCUGAUGAAGCUCCGGAGACAGACGCUCACCUUCACCUCCGGCCGGCUCAAGGAGUUCCUGGUGGAGCAACAAUGCCGUCGCACAGACAGCGCCACCAAGCACAAGGUGCUGCUGAGAACCUACCAGAGCUCCCCGCAGUCCCCAGCGUCCGGGUCGGCACCGCACGUUCCCAGUACCAAGUGAGGCGACGGGGAAACGCAGCACCAGACGUGAGUUGGAGGAGUUGGAUCUGGCCAGAAGAAAGCAAAACAACAACCGUUUGCAUCUCCUGUGUGACCCGCUGCUGCAUGACAAACGUCGGCCUGCCCAGAGAGGCUAAAUGCACCGGGGGACAGGAGACAGCUGGAUAGAGCAGAAACACACAGGAGUCCAUGUUCUUCUGGGAUAAUUCAAGGUUCAACAGCGAUGGGAUUCAGAGAAGAAACAAAAAUACGGAUCCCAGAGAGCGAGGAGCGGCGAUGUCUGACGCUGAGAACUGCUCAGAAACUGUUCAUCCAAUGGAAGGACACAGGGUGUUCUUUGGUUUCCUUUGAUUGCACAAUUUCUCAGUCACAUUGUGAAUUCUGAAGUUGCACAUUCAUGUUUGGUUUAGAUAAACAUCCACUCUGCACGAUCGGCCUGGAACAUGCGUGUCGGUAGUUCUCGUUCAUGUCACUGAACUUAGUAGUAAACAACUCAUGUGAAUGUACCAUGAUUUAAGCUGCUAACUUGUUUUUUUUUUUUGCAUUUAGUCACAUUUUAAAACUCAAAACCAAAAAUAUCUUCUUUUUUUCCUUUGGAAAUUGUUUACUUUUUUCAUGUUAAUUUAUUUGCAUGUGUGUGUGCGUGUGUGUGUGUGUGUGUGUGCACGAGCAUUUUUGAGUCACUCUUCAAAUUAGCAUCAAAGCAAAAAAAAAGAAAUAAAUAUAAGGAGUGUCUUUGUGAUUGGUGUUAAGAGUCACACAGUGAAAAUGAAUUAUUUUAGGGUGAGCUAGGACUUUGUAGUACAACUUCUUGUUCCGUGGUCAACUCUUUACUGUAAUACAACUAUGACAAGCAGUUUGUAAUGUAGAUAACAUUUCACUCAGUAUUGCCCAGUCUAACGGCUGGUCAGGAGGCUCCAGAUCAGCCUGUCAGUGCCUGAAUCGGAUUAUUAUCCAAAAUGUUUAUCUUGUAAAUGUGUCUCCACAACGGAUGAAUUAUCUGAAUAAAGCAAACAUUUGAGGACAACAUGUGGACUUUGCAGCAGCAGACACAUACAGGCUGUUACAUGCAUAUGUUUAUACAUACAGAAUAUGCAGUCCUUGUAAUAAUAGAACGUCUUGUGUAUUGCUCUAUCACAGUGUUCCUUUUGUAUGAAUUUGGAUGGUUGCAGAUUUGUAAAUGUACCAAUUUGCGGUGUUUAUAUGUGGAAAAAUGUUUUUAUGACAUAGUAUGUAAUAAACUAUUGAUACAAUUGGGAAAA